AUGGGUUCCGCCGCCUCAAAGCCCGCCAAGUCAGUCGUAGGUGCAGCGGCCCGCCGGUAUCCCAAGCAAGCAGCGCCCCCACCGCGAGGACCACGCAAAGCCCCCGGCGAACCCAAACCAACACCAGCACCAGCACCAGCACCAGCACCAACCCCAGACCUCAAAGCCAGCUCCCCGCCUCGCGCCGCCCCUCCCUCGCAAGGCCCAACAUACCAUAGCAAGGAGCGCGCCUCAAGCGUGAAGUCCAACGCCAUCGACCUAGACGGCCGCGACCCCGACUUCGCCGCCUCCCUCCGCACUCUCGGCCCCGUUGACCCAUCCCCCACCUUCUCGAACUCCAGUACCGCCCACAGACCCUCCAUGCAGACCAUCUUCCCGCACUCCUCCAACCCAGCCCUGCUAGUCGUCACCGCGCGCCAGCGCCUCAGCAAGGCCGCAGAAGAGGAGGCGGAGCACUUCGGUCGUGCGGGACAUCCUGGACGGACGUUCCUGGAUGCAUUGACUAUUCAGCAGGUGCUGACUAUGCGCGAUAAGCAGAAGCAGCGGCCUAGGGAGAUUGAGCGGUUUUUGGGACUGAAGACGGGGGUUCUGGAUCGAUUGGGGAGGGAUGAGAUUGUUUCAAAGAUUUGA